AUGGCAGAGCCACGCCAUUGCCGGCGCGGACAUCAGUGGGUGGCCGGCGCGGCACGGAGCGGCCAGCGGUGGCCGGUGCAGCACGGGCUGCGGAGGCCGUUGGGGCACGAUGCGCCACGCGCGGGGCCGACCGGGGACGAGGUCGGGUCAAGCGAGGCGAUGGGCGGGGCCGGCGGGGGACGGGCGGGGCAGGGGGCGGCGGAUGCCUGCAGAAGCGAAUCAAAUGGUCCGGGGACGAUGGAGGCCUGCGGUGGCGACGGAGCCAGGCCGGGCCCGGUGGCGCCGUGGGGCGACGGGGCGCAGACGCCUGCGUGUGGGGGCGACGGAGCCAGGGCCGGGCUCGGCGGCGCCGGGGGGCGACGGGGCACAGACGCCUGCGUGCGGGGGCUCCGGGGCGAGGAGGCCUGCAGGGGCGCGGGGCCGGGGCCGCCGGCGCUGGGGGCGAAGCGGGUGGAGGUCGAGUCAACGGCACCGGGGUGCUCUAGAUCGGGAGAGAGGGUGCGUACGAGAGACUGA